UAUAGCCAUACAACGGGCCCAAAGUUGAUUAACAAAAUUUACAGAGCAUCAUGAUCAUUAAACAAUACCGUAUUAUAUUCUAAUUGUUGAUUUGUAUUGAAUAUUUCGUUGUUAUGGUAACUGAAUAAUAUCACUUGUGGGGCAGCAGGAGAUACACGAUGAGUGUCACUACUAGCAAUACACUACUGGCAGAAAGUUUAGAGAAGCCAGUACUAAUAGCUGACCCUGAUCAAGAUAAAAAGGACUUGCUACUAGAAGAACUUGUGGAGCAGGGAGAGAGAGGGAAUGCAAUGGCUCAGUUCUCACUUGCAAAAAUAUUUCUAUCUCAAGGACAGACAGGGAAAGCAAUGUCAUACUUGACAUCAGCAGCAAGACAAGAAGAUGCACAAGCACUGUAUGAGCUGGCUGUGAUUAGGUAUCAGGGUCUCCAAGGGACUGAAGCAUCAUCAGAAGAAGGAUUUAAGUUAAUGCUUAAAGUUGCUCAAUGCAAGGGAGCUAAAAACACAGACCUGGUAUCAGCAGCACAAUUUAACAUUGGUAGAGCAUACUUUCAAGGAUUUGGUGUUAAGCAAGAUCCAGAGGAAGCACUAAAAUGGUGGAAGAUGUGCUCAAACUCUGACACAGAGUCAGGAAUACGAGCAAUGAACACUCUAGCAUUAUUCUACUCAACACCAGACUAUGCUGAUAAAGAAAAGGCUUUCUCGUGGCAUGUUAAAGCAGCAGAGAAUGGCCACAAGGACUCCAUGGGGACACUCGGGCUAUUGUACAUGAGAGGAGAAGGAUGUCUAGAAGAUAGAGAACUAUCUUUGAAAUGGUUAAAAAAAUCCUCCGACAAUGGAUCUAUAUAUGGAUCCGGCUUACUUGCAAAUUAUUACUACUCGACUAAAAUGUACAGCAAAGCUGUGGAAGUUGCACAAAGUGUUUGCGAUGAUGUAGCGGCAAGCAGAGCAACUAAGAGUCAAAGUGUUACCAGUUUAAUAUCAGAAGGACUAGCUACUGCUCAUUUUAUAUAUGCACAAUGUCUAUUUCUGGGACAAGGAGUCACAAAAGAUGUUGAUAAAGCAGCAAUUGAAUACACAAAGGCCACUCAAACUAACAAGGUAGUAACUGCUCAGCUGCAUUCUAAAAUGAUGUAUGGAAGACUUUAAUCAUUAUUAUUAUUAUUAUAUCUAAUAAAUUAAUAUUGAAAAAUCAUAAUACUUAUUCUUGGCCAUUGA